GAAGACCUGCGCCGCAACUUGCAAGCGCGAGGCAAAAACUACAAUCUCAUCAGUAGUAGCAGUAGUAGCAGCAAUAGUGCUGGUAAAUCGGUAGGAGCCCAAGCGAGUAGAGCGUGGGGAUAUGAAGAGAGGCAGCGGCGCGAUGAGGCGGCGGGGAUACUGGAGAGUGAGGAGAUGAUUAUGUGGAUUGCGGGGGUGAGGAAUGAGAGUAUAACGCAGACGCGGGCGUAUUAUCGGAAUGUACUGCUUGGGCUUGAGACGUGUGCGAAGGAUGCGAUUGUUUGGCGGGAUGAGUGGGAGGGGUCGCAGCAGCAGCAGCAGGGUCGCGAUGGGGAGGGCCUGGGGAGUCCGGGGAGGAGUGGAAAGGGCAAGGAGAGGGAGAUUGCGAAGAUGAGGAAGAGGGUGAGUUCGGGAGUGGGACAGUAG